CAAGGGCUGGUCGACGUGAGGAACUCGCGUGAGCUUCUUCUUCUUCUUCUUCUUCUUCUACUCGUUUCAUGUAACAAAGUUUACCAGCAGUCGGGAACUAAUAACCGGCUUCACACGGACCGGACAACAAUAAGGAGGUUCAUGGCUCUGAACAAGUCCAUGCAUCCGCGGAACCGGUACAGAGACAAGCCGCCGGACUUUUCCUACCUGGCCUCCAAAUAUCCGGACUUCCAGCAGCACGUGCACACCAGUCUUACCGGACGACCCGUCGUAAACUUCAAGGAGCCGGCGGCGGUGCGCUCGCUGACCUGCACGCUGCUGAGGGAGGACUUCGGUCUGACCAUCGACAUUCCUCUGGAGCGCCUCAUCCCCACCGUCCCGCUGCGCCUCAACUACAUCCACUGGGUGGAGGACCUCACCGACGGCCAGAAGCAGCCGCGCAGGGGCAUCGACAUCGGCACGGGUGCGUCUUGUAUCUACCCCUUACUGGGAGCCACGAUGAACGGCUGGCACUUCCUCGCCACGGAGGUGGACGACAUCUGUUUCGACUACGCCACGAAAAACGUGGAGCAGAACAAGAUGUCUGAAUUCAUCAAAGUGGUCAAAGUCCCUCAGAAGACUCUCCUGAUGGACGCCUUGAAAGAAGAGACGGAACUCGUGUACGACUUCUGCAUGUGCAACCCUCCUUUUUUUGCCAAUCAGCUUGAAGCGAAGGGGGUCAACUCCAGGAGCUCACGGCGACCUCCUCCCAGCUCGGUGAACACGGGCGGCGUGACGGAGAUCAUGGCGGAGGGCGGGGAACUUGAAUUCGUGAAGCGGAUCAUUCACGACAGCCUGCAGCUCAAGAGGCGCUUGCGGUGGUACAGCUGCAUGCUGGGGAAGAAGUGCAGCUUGGCACCUUUGAAGGAGGAGCUGAGGAAACAAGGAGUCCCUAAAGUAACGCACACAGAGUUCUGCCAGGGCCGGACGAUGCGCUGGGCGCUGGCCUGGAGUUUCUAUGACGACGUGAUUGUUCCGUCUCCUCCCAGUAAAAAGCGUAAACUGGAGAAGGUGAGGAAGCCGCUGUCCUUCGCGCUGCCGGCGGCGGGACUGAAGGAGCUGCGAGCCAAAGCCUCCUCGGCUUCGGGCGGCGGCGCCGUGGACCGCGUCGCCGCGCUGCUGGAGGAAACCCUCACGGACCUGCGGGUGCUGCACAAGCGCGUCCCGAGCAGGAAGCACGAGCUGAGCCUCUUCCUCACCGCCGCGGAGAACACCUGGAUCCACGGGCGCCAGAAGCGGCGGGAAAGCUCGCGGCAGCUGCGAGAGCUUCCCCGGGAAGCUCUCGCAGCACCGGCGCCGGAAAACCGGUCGGACGGCAAGAACGACGGCGGCGGCGGCGGCGGCGCUUCGAACGAAAACACGUCUGCAGAGCAGAUUGAAAAUGGCGCCGCCCCUUCGAACGAGACGGGGGAAGAUGGAGAGAAAGAGUUCUCGGAGAACGAGCCGGGCGAAGAUGUGGACAUGGCGUGUUCUGCCCGCGCGGGGGAGGAGACGGCGCCGCGGGAAACACCCGCCGCCGCGACGAGCGAACCGGCGCCCUCCAAGCGGCCUCCGGGCGAGCGCUUCCUGUUGAAGUGUCUGCUGAACGUGGCGCUGGAGGAGGGCGACGUGGCGGUGGAGAUGCACUGGGUCGAAGGUCAGAGCAAAGACCUGAUGAACCAGCUGUGCACGUACCUGAAGAACACGCUGCUGAGGUGCGUCGCCAAGCCGUAAUCCAUCAGAAAUACCCUCUCGGAUUCGUUCUUGAUUAUCGGCAGUUUAUAUCAGAAUUUUUUUGUACUUUGUCAUUUUACCUUUUCGGAUAGUACGCACUGUAUAUUGAUGUUUUGUGCAAAACAUUUGCAAUAAAUGUUAAAUUUUGUAACCCUU